CGCGUAGACUUGGGCACUCUCUCAUCCGGCGGUCGCCACUUCCUGGUUGCUUUGCCCUUAACUGACAUGGCGACCAUUUACCUUCAGCCGGGCCCACAGCGGCUGCUCAGAAAGCCAAGCUCAAGCAAUCGAGUCUACAGUCCGCACCCCCGCCACGGAGCUGCCUCGUGAAGCAUGGGCUGCGGUGUUUUUUCGUCCCGGCUGUGUAUCUAGAGAUCAAGGAGGUUUAGAGGCAAGCCAAGGAAGACGAGGACCUAGGGCCCUGCUGCUGUGUGCCCACACCCCCCGCCCCAUGCAUUGAGGCUGCUCGAGCCUCAGGGGGUUUUAUCCUUGUCCCUCCGCCGCCUCCGGUCCCUGGCCCAACAUGAUAUUAACCAAAGCCCAGUACGACGAGAUAGCCCAAUGCCUAGUGUCUGUGCCGCCCACCAGGCAGAGCCUGAGGAAGCUGAAGCAGAGGUUCCCCAGUCAAUCGCAGGCCACUCUGCUGAGCAUCUUCUCCCAGGAGUACCAGAAACACAUUAAAAGAACACAUGCCAAACAUCAUACUUCAGAAGCAAUUGAAAGUUAUUAUCAGAGGUACCUGAAUGGAGUGGUGAAAAAUGGAGCUGCCCCAGUGCUCCUGGAGCUGGCCAAUGAGGUGGACUAUGCACCUUCAUUAAUGGCUCGGAUUAUACUGGAGAGGUUUCUACAAGAGCGUGAGGAGACUCCACCUUCCAAGUCUGUUAUAAACAGUAUGCUACGGGACCCUUCUCAGAUUCCAGAUGGAGUUCUAGCAAAUCAGGUCUAUCAGUGCAUUGUGAACGACUGCUGUUAUGGACCACUGGUGGACUGCAUCAAACAUGCCAUUGGUCAUGAGCAUGAAGUCUUGCUGAGAGACUUACUUCUAGAGAAAAAUCUGUCCUUCCUAGAUGAAGAUCAGCUCCGUGCAAAGGGUUAUGACAAAACACCAGACUUCAUUUUACAAGUACCAGUUGCUGUAGAAGGGCACAUAAUUCACUGGAUUGAAAGCAAAGCCUCAUUUGGUGAUGAAUGUAGCCACCACGCCUACCUGCAUGACCAAUUCUGGAGCUACUGGAAUAGAUUUGGGCCCGGCUUGGUCAUCUAUUGGUAUGGAUUUAUCCAGGAGCUGGACUGUAACCGGGAGAGGGGCAUCCUGCUCAAAGCCUCUUUCCCCACGGACAUUGUCACCUUACGCCAUAGCUUAGCUUGACCCUGAGGAUCCUGGAAGAAGAGCUGGGAGGCAAAGGUGAAUCCGGAAGCAAUUUUCCUUUCCUGCAGUAUAAACUCCUGGCAACAUCUGCCCUGAACUUCAGCUGAACUCUUGCUGCCCGUAGUCACACCACUACCUCGUUAGACAAACAUAUCAGGAGUUUCUGUUUUCCUUCAUCCCUUGAUGAUGUGAACAGCCAAGAACUGCAGACACAACCCACUCAUUAUCAGCAUUUCUGUCUCUGUCAAACAGUUAGUUUAUAGAUAGUCAUAAUCUUUCUUCCUUCCGGAUGGUUUCUCCUUGUAUUCUGAACAAAAGGAAAAAUGUAGGGACUGAAAGGUGUGAUUUUUCAGUUCUCCUCCCAGUUACCAAAUCACCCUCUUAUUUUUUUUUCCUAAGCCUCCAUUCAUUAUCUCUCCCUCCCCCUUUCUCUUCAUGUACAUUCACAGAUACUCAGUGUUGUAUUACAGUCAUAGAAUAAUCUAGCACAAACCCAGAAAAGCUGAAGACAUGAAGUCUGAAACUAAAUUUUUGCUCUCACCUGCAGGGCUGCAAUACUCCUAGAUGGUAGGAUAUGCUGUUGCUUGUUUUAUCCAGUAUUUACGGUUUCCUGACUUUUGCAGCAUUAAGCCAAACUGCAAAAAAAAAAAAAAAAAAAAAAAGUGUAUAAAGAGAAUUUCUUCUUUUUU